CGUGUUAAAAGUUGUAAUAAUUGUGAGAAAUAUUAAAAAUCCAUUGAUUUAAUGAUCAAAACCUGAUUUAAUUGUUAAUAAUGACCAAAAAAAUUAGAAAGAAAUACAACGAUUUGAGUGAAUCUGAGCUCAAAUUAAUGACAAUUCAAGAUAUAAUCAAAGAGUUGUUGAAGAGUUUAAGCGAUGGCAAAGACGUGAACCUAACCAAACUCAAGUGUGAAGUGUCCCAAAAAUAUGGUCUGCAAUCUCAGCCCCGAUUAGUUGACAUCAUAUCGUGUAUACCUUAUGAACACAAACAGCUACUGCUUCCCAAACUUCGGGCCAAACCUAUCCGUACGGCCAGUGGUAUAGCAGUGGUGGCCGUUAUGUGUAAACCCCAUCGCUGUCCACACAUUAAUAUGACUGGAAAUAUAUGUGUAUUGAAAUGA